AUGGCAAAAACAUUAGGUAAAACGCAAGCAGUCACCAUAUUUCUGGUGAUCUAUCCGCGCUCAGGAUACUGGCAAGUUUCAAUGAAGAAAGAGGAUCAAGCCUUUAUAGUAGCAGCAGUAGUAGUAGCAGUAUUAGUAGUAGUAGUAGUAGUAGUAGUAGUAGUAGUAGUAGUAGUAGCAGUAUUAGUAGUAGUAGUAGUAGUAGUAGUAGUAGUAGUAGUAGUAGUAGUAGUAGUAGUAGUAGUAGUAGUAGUAGUAGUAGUAGUAGUAGUAGUAGUAGUAGUAGUAGUAGUAGUAGUAGUAGUAGUAGUAGUAGUAGUAGUAGUAGUAGUAGUAGUAGUAGUAGUAGUAGUAGUAGUAGUAGUAGUAGUAGUCAGUUUCAGUUUAUACAACCAUUAA